GGCCGGCCCACCGCCCCCGCCCGGACCCGGGGCUCGGACAGUAGCGGCCCAGGAGGGAGGGGAUCGCCUCCGCCCUCUCCGCCCCGCCCCUCCGGGCCUCAGUUUCCCCGCAGGAAGGGGGAUGCCCUCGCCGGCCGACCCCCCGGAGGGGAAGAAAAGCAGGCCGCAACGGGGGCAGGAGCCGGACGUCUCCCAGCCCGGCCCCGUCCGGAGGCUCCGGCUGACCACCGGACAGUGACCCGGCUUCCCGGCCCCGGCCCGGGCCCCCUCCGCCCGGGGUUGCUCCCUCCUCUCUCUCCGUCUCUCUCUUCCGCUCCGCCUCUCCGUCCCUCCCUGUCCUUCGCCCGAGAGACCUCGAUCAUCCCGAUCCGGGGGAGGGGGGACCGAGCCCCGGGGCUCGGGGAUGGGGACCCCCCCGUUUUAGGUCCGGGGAAGGAGGGAGGGAGGGGAGAUCGGGAGGCCGGGGCCCGGGAGGCGGCCGGAGGGGCGAUGGUGCCGGUGGCCUAGCUACCUGGGAGAUGACACUGGGGUCCCCGGAUCUCCCCGGGAGCCGGACCCUCUGAGGCCCUCUCCCCUGCCCCUUGCGCGGUUGGGGGGGGCCGGGGCCGGGAGCCGGAGCGGGGGGAGGGCGGGGAGGCCGGGCCUUCGGGGAGAAGAUGCCUAUGGUGCCGUUGUGAAGCUGAGGCAUGGCUGCCGGAAGGUUCCUGCUCUACACCGGCCUCUCGUUAGCUCUGUGCGCCUUGGGCAUGUUGGCCGCGGCCAUCUGCUCGGACCACUGGUACGAGACUGACGCCAGGAGGCACCGGGACAGGUGCCAAGCCUUCACCACCCGCCGGGUCGACCCCGGCUUCAUCUACAACAACAACAAUAACUUGCCUCUCAGGGCCAGCCGGGCCAGGCUGGACCGCUGGGAGGGGAAGCUACUCCUCGCCCGGAACAGGAGGCAGCUCUUCGCCAUGAGUGCCGUGGACGAAUGCAAUCGGCAGUACAAUUCCACCAACAUGGGACUCUGGAGGAAAUGCCACCGGCUGGGGUUCGACCCGGAGAUGACGGCCCUCAUCGAGAAAGGAGAAAUCGAACGAUGCACUUACAUCAAGUACCACUAUUCCUCAGCGACCAUCCCCAAGAACCUCACCUACAACAUCACCAAGACCAUCCGCCAGGACGAGUGGCAUGCCUUGCACCUGCGUAGAAUGACCGCUGGCUUCAUGGGCAUGGCCGUGGCCAUCAUCCUCUUCGGUUGGAUUAUUGGGGUGCUGGGAUGCUGCUGGGACCGAGGCCUUAUGCAGUACGUGGCGGGGCUUCUCUUCCUCAUGGGAGGAACGUUCUGCAUCAUUUCACUGUGCACGUGUGUGGCCGGAAUCAACUUCGAGCUGUCACGUUACCCUCGCUACCUGUACGGACUCCCGGAUGACAUCAGCCACGGCUACGGCUGGUCCAUGUUCUGCGCCUGGGGGGGCCUGGGGCUCACCCUCAUCUCGGGCUUCUUCUGCACCUUGGCCCCCUCUGUCCAACCUGUCCCCAGGACCAACUGUCCGAAAUCCAGACCGGAGAAUGGGACAGUAUGCUAAAACAACACGAACCAAUGCAUAUAUAUAUAUAUAUAUAUAUAGAUAUAUAUAUAAAAUAUACAUAUAUAUAUAAAACUCACCCAAAAGCAAGCCGAGGCCAGUGCCGAGGUAGAGUUGCGUCUGCUCAGAUGCCCUCAUUUCCACGAGACUUGGUGCCGCACCCCACCUCGCCGAGAUGGGGCAAGCUUUUCUGUACCACGGCUCUCCCGCCCGAUCCUGACCUCUCGGCCUCAUGGUUUUCUGAAGGCCGAGCCUACGUAUCCAUUGUGUCUUGACUAGCCGGGAUGUGGCGAGGGGGGGUGAGGUUUCGGGGGGAGGGGAGCGGCGAAGGGGCUGGGAGGGACCCAGGGCCGUGGCGUCGGCUCAGAAGGCGAAACGAAAGCUUCUCUGCCGGCCCAAGGAGGGAAGGAACCGCAGCUCGCCCAGUGCCGGACCCACUGAGCCGCAAGCCCCAACUCUCCCAACGAGCGGGGCGCCCGCCAGGCCGACCCCGAUACCCUCUUCCACCUUGUCGGGCCCGUUCUCCUUUCCCUUCGGUCUCCCCCUCGGAUCCACCCGGAAGGUGGCGGGAAAGCGGAGGGAUCGGGAAAGCCCUCUCUCCGACCGGCAGGCGUGAGGACCGACCCGGGCGUCCGGUCGAGAGAGGCGACCCGCACCGACGCAAGGACGCUCCUGCGGACGAGCUGACCGCCCGGUCUCAUCUUCCAGCUGCCUUACACGCAGGCUAAACGCAGAGGCUGCCCUGCCCCAUCCCAGGGCAGGCGGAGGGGCCCUGGGAAAUGCUGUGAUACAUGUAUGUGUAUAACUUUUAUUUUCCUCUCGCUUUUUUUCUUACGAACUGAAACACUGCGAUGUGCCCAUCCGUCACCUGUGCUGUGCUCGCGGCCUGAGACUGAGGCACCGAGGCACCGGAGGAGGGGGAGGGGGCAGGGCGGAGGGAUGGCGAGUCCUCUCCCAGCGUGGGUGGGGUGAGGGGGGCCUCCCCCCCGGAGAGAUGGAGAUGUGGAUCUACGCAGACAGCCGUUUCCCUGGGCGAUUGGUUUUACCGCACCGUUUGGGUUUCGAUUGAUUGAUCCGAAAAGCGGUUCGAAAUCGAGAUGGCCGAUUGAAGAGGAGAAAAGUAGGGGUGGUAGGCCGGGCCAAGGGGGAGGGACGGCACAUCUCUGAAGACUCAGUGGGAAGCGGCCUCCACUUCCGGACGUUCAAGGCGGAGGGGCCGAAGGCCGCUGCAGAGGGAGAGGGGGUGCGCGUCUUGGGCGGGGCGGGGAGGAAGGAAUGGCGCCUUUCGUUGACGUCGUUGCGCUUGUGUAUGCCAAAUCAGACCUUUCCAUGCCUUCUCAUCGGAAACCGCCCUCUUUCCCAGGACCCCUCCUUCCGCAUGAGUGAACUCUGUACUGACGGAAGAAAAUGGGUCCCAGCCCGGGGACUCCAGUUUGUAUGAUAUCACUGUAAAUCACCGUAGGACUUUUGGCUCUCUCCAGCUUUCUCUUCCUCCCCCUCCCUUUCCUCCACCCGACCCUGACCCUCACCUCCUGGCCCGUCCUCGUCUUCCCUGAAAUUUCCCGAUAUGGAUCCCGGAAGGCUUCCUAUCAGCGGGCCCCCGCUGAGGGGGUCGGUCCGCCAGCGCCUCGUAGGGCCAGAUCUGCACACGUCUAGCCAGCGGAACCGGGAGGUAGAAGGGGCUGGGACGGAAGAGGCGGGGCCGGGCGUCCGUCAAAGAGAGGAAGGAAGGAGCGGGUGCCUCCGAACGGCGCAGGAGAGGGCGUCUCAUGGAUCCACCAGCGGGGAAGAGGGGGAACUGUAUGUUCACAUAUUGAAUUCGUUCAUCAAUGGGGAAGGAGUACAAAUAGCAGCUAAAUUAAUUCUCUUUAAAAUGCUCGAAAACGGUGAGGGCGGUCCCCUGUCACGAUGGCUUCUGACGGCUUUUUAGUUUAAAAGGAAUAGAUCUUCAACCGAAUCGACGGCGAACAGAAUGAAGCCAACUGAAUGGGUCUCGCCUCCGCCCCGCCCCUUGCCAACGCCCGUCGGCUCUCCUGAUUCACUGAACAAGAGACGAGCCGAGUCUGAGACUUAAGCUCGGAGACUCAAGCCUGUGUCCCUCCUUAAUUCUAUUAUCCAUCAGCAUCACCCCAAACUUCAGGGGGCCGUUCUGGGAGCUCACACUAAGAUGACGGCCGGGGAGGCCCAAGGAGGUUGUUCUUGGCUGUUGGCGGGGGCGUCUAAUGACCUUGGCCUUGGGGGGAGAUCAGUCAAGCAACACUGAUGGAAAUUACACCCAGAGCACAUGGAGGCCCUUGCCUCUAUCUGGGCCGACAGUUUCUGGCCGGAAAACACGAUCAUCUUGCGGUUGCUUGUGAUUCUCGAUCCCUGGUGGUGUCCUAUCUCUCCUUGCCUCCCGUUGGGUUCUGAGGCGAUUAAUUUGCAGAUUGUCAGGGACCUAGGGAGAAAGGAAAUGGAGUGGCCUUCUUGGGUAGUUGUGGCUUGUUGGUUGGUAGAACUGAGGGUUUUCCGGAGGAAUUUCCUUCUCUCCAGAGACACAAGUUCCUCCAGGGCCAUCCGGGAUGGUUACCGGGUACGAGAGUUGUAAGUCAGUCUCUGACUGUCUACAGUGCCCUGCUAUCUCUACCCGGAGGUUUCAUUUUCCAAUCGCUCUCCGGCUGACCAGGUUAUCUGUCUUCGGUUCUGACCAGAAUUGAAAGGAACCCUCUUCCCACUCUCAAAGCGAAGACCCAAGUAUAAACAGCAGCAGGAGCAGGGAUCCCCGACUUUAAUCUCGUGAAGCUCUCAGAACACGUGAGCCGAAACCUGAAUCUGUAGGACAGGAGACGGAGGGGAGGGAGUUUAGGCGGAGGAGGUUCGUUAGUCCAAAGGGGUGCACUCAGAUUUCUCCUCUUGGGUCCAGAUGUCUCAAGAGGACUGUAAGCUCGUGGUGGGUAGGGAAUGUGUCUCCCGACUCUGUUUUACUCUCCUGAGCAUGUAGUACCAUGUUCUGCACCCAGUAAGCGCUCAAUAAACACCAUUGAUGAUGAUGAUGAUGAAGAGAAAGCACUCCUCAGAUCCCAGAACCUAUACUUCGGUACACUCGGAAAAUUAAAGAUGGUGGCCCCCAGGCUUCUUGCAGAUGGGAAGCUCUGGUUAAUUGGACAAAACCCCCAACUAGCAGAUGAACAAUCCAUGCUUAGACCCAGGCCCGCCUCUGAUUUGCCUCUGAUCCUGCUCACCUCUUCCGGACCUGAUUCCCUCGGCUAUAAAAGAUUGCUUGACCCUUCCAGACAAGGCUUGAAUUUGUCUAGGGGUACGAUCUUCGGGAACAGAGGUCACCUAGCCCAUCCCCCGCCUCCAAGUGGGAUUCUCUAAAAUUCUCCUAUGUUGGAGAGGGGAGGGUCUUUCUACAUUUAGGGCUUUCUAGAGAAGAUUUCACUCCCUGAGUCCUGAGAGACUAGGAAAGUUCUUCCUUAUGCCUACCUUUCUCCUAUCUUGCUACAAUCUGUUCAUUUUAUGAUCAAAAUCAAUGCCCGAAUAUUGCCAAGACGAGGCGCGUGAGCUGUAUACAGCACCCAAAGACAGGAGGUUCAAUAAGCCAAGUCUUUCUUUUCCACUGGCGUGGACAUUUUUUUGGUCCUUCACCCUGGAGUGGCUAGGUCUCUCCGUGAUGGCCAAGGGCCUCAUCGAUAAAUCUUGUCCUAGUUGAGGUUAUUAUUUAUCUGGCAUUCAUUAUUAAGAAUCUGAUGUGCAGUGAACAAACAGAAGAGCAUCUAUUUCCCGGCCCACGAAACAGUAUUAUAGUCCGUUGAAUUUCCGUAGCUCCUUCCAUCCGGAGAACACAGAGCACUUCCUCCCAUUCCCGCUCACGUCCUCUCAGGGUGGGGAAGGCAUUAUUCUCCCUCCAAGGCCCCGAGAAGUCUUGCCCAAGACUCCACGGAGUGGACCAGGACUCAGACUAGGGCACCCAGACUCCUGACUCCUAGCCUGGGGCUCUACCCUCCAGACCAACCCGCCUCCCAGCCGACUUAGCCCCUGCCACAUUUCAUAUCACCUGUUCUGGGCUUCCCUUUUGGCCCCACUCAAAACUGUCUCUAGAUCUCCAGAGGCUGCCAUUUCUUCAUAGCAGCCAAAGGGAAACCUCUAGGUUCUUCCUCCGGCAUCAAUGAUUUCCCAAAAGGCCUCUGCUGUUUCGCCUGUCGUCACCUCCCUCUCCAGUUGCUACAGUGAUCGACUGUGGCUUAUUACCUCUGCUGCUGGGUAGAGAGUGAGUCCUCUAGACCGUAAGCUCACUGCGGGCAGGGAGUGUAUCUACCAAUUCUGUACUAUUGUACUCUCCCCAGUGCUUAAUACAGCGUACUGCACACAGUAAGCGCUCAAUAAAUACCACUGACUGAUUAGUCGAUUUAGCAGAAAGGUACCCGAAGGAUGGAAAAGAGCCCGGUGGUAAACCGGGAGGCGUUUUCAGAGUCGGUCUCACCUGAAGCCGAGCUAUGAUAUUCCCAGGAGUUUCUCGGGACAACUGACGGCCGACAGGCGGAUCACACCAUUUUAAUCACUUUAUACAAUACUCCGCACGCAGUAAGCCCUCAAUAAAUACCACUGGUGGAUUGCCGUUUGGUUUUAUUUCAGGGGGUCGAGGCUGACCGUCACAUCUCGAUGAUCAAAAGAGAUUCCGGUCAACGCCGUCGUUGAUGUCGGCCCUCCGGUUGAAGAUUGAGGAACUCGUGAAGGUUUUCCACCCUUUGCAACUUGAAAUCAGGCUGGGCAUCUCCUGAACAAUGCCUCUUUUUCGUCUCUCUCUGUCGGCCUCUGCUCGGGCCCGAUUUCCAACCCUUCCUCGUUAACGCUCCACUCCCACAGGCCCCUUCUCCUCUUCAUUCUGGGCUUACUGCCCUUGAUUUUCUGGGGCGGACAGAAUGGGUACACUACCCCGACUGGAGAUCCAUCUCCAAACUCAAAUCUAUCUGAAAUACUCUUCAGCCCACCCAGCUUCCAACUAGGACCCCCCCACACACCUCCAAGAAAAAGAAACGGAAUUAUAUCCUCAAAGCCAAAUAACAUCUUCUUGAGCAGAGGGUGGUGGAGUGGAGAUCAAAGCUCUCAUUAUGGGGUUCAUGAUAAAAUCAGAGUCACUGGUUGGAGUUUAUGCCGGAGGAUACUAUUACCGGCACUAUCAACAGAAGAAAAAUCCAGAUGCCCGAUAUAAACGUUCUCCAUUUUGGUCUCCGCAAUUUCCAUCCCUUCAUGUCUUUCUUCCCGGGACUGUUUGAUCUUCUACAGAUUUCUCUCUCUGUUCUGCUGCAAGAGCAAAUCUCAGGGCUUUGAAGAGAUUUUGCCACAGCACCUGAAAAUCCGCUCCUGACAAUUAGAGAUCCUUGGGCAGCCUUGUUAGAAACGGGCUCUUUGACUCUCUACGGUCCACAGGUCGGAAACUCCUCCGUGCAUAUAGAUUACCGGAGAUGUACUAGUCACCUUUCUCUCUGUCCAGUGGGUUCGGUAGAAAGGCGGGCCAACCCAGACUCCGGAUUGCUUAGUCCGCGGUCCGGAACCGGGGUGCAGGCACUGGGGUCCGCUCCUCGAUUUGAGUGUGGCGGUGAAGAGGAGGGCUUUAUGGGGGUUUGGGGGAAGCGAGCAGGGUAAGGUUCGGGAGUGGCAGGCAGGAUGGCAUCAGAGAGCCCAUCAUCACCGAUCUGGGGGUCUUUUCAGCCCGGUUCGGAAGCUCUCUGUGGAUGGGAAGGAGGAAUCCGGCCCAAAUCAACGGGGAUUGGUGAUCUCCUCCAUUCCCAUCAAGGGAUUGGUACUUCUGGACAUUCUAGCAGAGGGAGAGACCCUUUCUGGGGUUCCCUGCUCCCCCUGCAACUUGCGGGUUGUGAAAGGAACCCCAACGGGGUGCUAGAAGCACUAAGUCGGAGGAAGAAGAGUCUCUUCUCUUGAAAUUACAAUAUUUCUGCCCUCGUGCAUCUAAGGAUGAUGGAAGGUUGACUAGAGCACCAGCAAACACGGAGGGUACAAGCCAGGCUUGUGACCCUCAGAGGUCACCAUUCCCAAAGUCACCCCGAACUGAGGUCGGUGUUGACCAGUCUCCUGGGGAGGAAACCAAGGUAGAGACGGUUUGAGUGAUGCAGAUAAAGCCACCCCACUUCUAGCUAUGUCUGUGGUCCACAGGGAAGGAGCCUGGAGGGCUAGACUUUGGAUCCUGAGGUUUGAUUCCUAUUUGGCACCUUUUGAAUUGAAUUCCAAACCGAAGGGCAGAAGGGCUGGCGGGGAGACUCACUAAGUCACUCGGACCCUGGAAAUCCUAAUUCCGCCUCUAUGGCGACUGGCUUAUGACUUCCCCCCAGUGACUCUUUCCUCUGCUCCACAAUGGGGAGAGUGACACCAUCUUAUUUCCCAGGGCUUUCGUGACAGAUUUAAAAAUGAUGGUGAAGCAAUUUACGGAUUUAAACCCCCAAAAAUGGUAAAAAAAAAAAUAAUAAUUCUGAGUCCCGAAGCUGGAGGCCCCGCCUGAUCUUCCCUGAUGAAACUGGGCCGAAAGGGACCCAGGAAGGUCAUCUAGUCCAGCCCCCUGCCUUCAGGCAGGAGUCACUAUUUUCGAGAGAUGAGUGUCCCUGAAGUUUUCACUACCUCCAGAGGAAAAUCUGCAUGCCUGAGGACCAAAUGUUCCAGGAUUGAACUCUUAGUAUCAGGACGUUUUUCCUGCAGUUUCAACCCAUCCCUCUGGCUCGGAACAGAGCGGCAGUGGCGAAUAUCUGGUCACCACCUCUUGUGCACCCAUUCUCGACAUACAUGAGAUGGAGUGAUUAUCAAUUAUCUGUAGAAAUUUGAGAGAAAUGCCACAGUGGCUCUUAGAGACGAGGAGGGAGAGAUCCUUCUUUCUGCCCUCUAUUUGAGAUUCCUAGACAGAAGAUAAUCUGGUCUGUGGAGGAGGAUUUGAACCCAGAGGUUGCAAACUCCUUGGGAGCUGAGGCACCGUCUUUUACUUCACAUUCCCUCCGUACCCAGUAUGGUGCUUGGCACGCAGCAGACGCUCGGUGAAUGCUGCUCGCGUUGACGGCGGAGGCGGCGGUGAGGACUCGAGAGUUGCCAAUCUGGGGAGAGUCGGUUCCUCUUUCGGGCCCGUUGGGACGCGUGUCAUAAAUGACGACUCGCGUAGUGAAUCUGUUCUGUCUGAGGGAAUGCAGGCCCCUCACAUACUGCAGAGUGGAAGUUUUACUGUUUUAUUGUACUCUCCCAAGUACUUAGCACUGUUCUCUCUGCACAUAGUAAGUACUCUGCACAUAGUAAGUGCUCAAUAAAUACCACUGAUUGAUCGAUUGGGAACUGGGGGACCGUCCCAAACCGCACCGAGUAUCGAUACAUACGGGGUGGAUCCGGGCAGAGGAGAUCGGCAAAGAGAAGCUCAGAGCAUCAUGGGCGCUCUGGGGCGGCCCCCCAGCCACCACCCCACAGGAGCCAAAAUUACAGCUAAUGCUCGUUAGUUCCGGGAUUCUAGGGAGUCCCCCGUACCCCCUUGUCCCUCCCUACCCACCUCUUCCUUCUUUCCUCUUCUUUCUGCUUAGCUUUUCCUUCCACUUUCUGGGUCGGUUGUAGAUUAUUCAUUUUUUGGGGGCCUCCUGGUCUGUGGGUGGGUGAGCGUGCGUGUGUCUGUAUGCACGCGUGUGUGGGUGCGUGUGAGCCUGUAUAGAUGUGAGUGUGACCGUGUUUCACGUAAGGAGAAGAGCUUUCUUCGCCAGUCCCUUUUCAUGCCAUCCCCCUCCCCCAUCCCAAGUGUGACUGUUUUUGCUAUUCCAGCUGUCUAAAAAUGUACAAAAAAUAUAAAAAAAAAA